AACAACAUGGCGGCCAACAUGGCGAUUUGUCAUAUCAAGAAGAAUCUUACAGCUUUGAGGCAGUAUCCUCGCGUCGCUUUGAACAACAUCAGAGAUUUACCUGAAGCAUUCAAAGCGCAACACCGCAAAGGACGUGGUAGAGGAUCUGGACGUGGGAAGACUUCUGGGCGUGGUCACAAAGGACAGGGUCAAAGAAACACAAAACCUAGGCUUGGAUUUGAAGGAGGACAAACACCUUUCUAUCUUCGUGUCCCAAAGCAUGGCUUCAAAAACAUAUACAAAAUGCACUAUAGACCUCUGAACCUAAACCGGCUUCAGUUUUUCAUCGACAGUGGGCGUCUAAACCCCAAUGCACCCAUCACCAUGUAUCAUCUUUGGAGAUCAGGAGCUCUUGGAGGAAGAGUAAAGGAUGGUGUUGUAUUGUUGGGAGGGGGUACAACUUGGUUCCAGGCUAAAGUUGAUAUCGAAGUAACCAAAGCAUCAAAAACUGCAAUAAAAGCCAUUGAACGACAGGGUGGAAAAAUCACUUGUGCUUAUUACAACAAACUUGGCCUUCGUUUGUUACUUAAGCCAGAAAAGUUUGAAGGGAAAAGGAUUCCAAGAAGAGCUCGUCCUAACACAAAGUUAAUGGAGUAUUACACAAGUGUUGAGAAUAGAGGAUAUUUAGCAGAUCCUGAUGAACUUGAAAAGGCUAGGCAACUUACUUACCAACUUGAAAAUGAAGUGGAUUGACAAAUAAUAUUUACUUGUAGUGUGGUGUAACGGGGGUAGUAAACGACGUUUAUGAUAUCAAAUAAUGUAAAUAAUGAAUAUAGGGAGUUCUUUAACACGUCUCCCAUAUGGCCCAUAAGUGCUUUACAAUAAAAUAUUGGUUUUUAACUUCCCUA